AUGCGAGGUAUAAAGUUUUUGAUUCUCAUAGCCAUUUUGGCUGAGAAAGAACCCUCUAGAACACCAGUGAAGAUCACUCGCUACACCAAGACUGCCAAUCUGACUAAACUAGUAGUAAAUGACAUAACUCAAAUCACACUUCCAAACAGCUUUGAGUGCCCAUUUCAAUUCUCACAAGAACUCAGCCAGCAGGAACUAAUAACCUUAGAUAAGAUCCAUGAAGGUCCCGAGGAUAACAUAACGUUGGUAUGUAAAGUCCUUAAACUUGGUGAAACAAAAGUUGUAGGCCAAGCGAAGUACCAUGUCCUCGAUGCUACUAUUGCUGAUGCCACAGUAUCCAGUUGUUUCUCCUACGGUCUGUUCGCCUACAUCUAGAGUCGAAUCGCCUACAUCUUGUAUGUCAAACACAACAACAAAAGUCGAUACAUUCUAUCCUCUAUGUCUAGAAAACCAACGCGCUAAAACACUCAAGUCAGAAUGUUUUUAAACAAUUUAUUAUGGCAGAACCCGGUCAUCUGCAAAUAGAAUGUGUGAAAAAUAUUUUGCUUAAAAUGAUUUAAGAAACGUGUGAUUGUAAAACUGAAAGACCUUGGAAGAGUCAUGGAAGUGACUAUGUUCUCUGCCGUGCCAAGCCCUCCAUCGGGCACAAGGACUGAGGGACGGAUACGGAGUGUUUAAAGAAACUACACACCAGUUAAACAAAUCCGAAAAAUAGAGAAUACUACUUGACAACUGAUGAACUAAUGACCUACAUUGUAAACCUUGGACUUUCAUUCUUCCCUUACAGCCAAGUCUCGGCAUCAUUGAAUCUUCCAUUGAAGAGCCACUCAUGGGAGAUGUCACAGUGUUCGAGAACCUAACUCCACACAAUCGCAUAACAUUCCAACUAGUGGAAGAAGGGAGUAAGCAUCGCAAAACAAAACUAGUGGACAGCUGGGGAUACAGUUACAAUGUCAGGUCCAAAUGGUCAUACGAAACUUACUGGCAGUGCACGAUCCUUCCUUGA